CGCCGAGCCCAUCAAAAGUCUUUGCGCCACUUGGCCCCACCUCCAGGAUGAAGUUCGACGACAAGAAGGUGCUCAAUGACACAUGGACGCAGUUCCUGGCGCUGUGUCUGCUGCUCAUGCUGGCUGUCGACUCGCUCAACCCCAUCAAGGCUGUAAGUAAGUUUCUAGGCGUUCCGUCGUAUUACUGGGGCGCUCUGUCCGUGGGUAUUAUGCUAGGGCUGCUGUUCCACAACGCCGCCGACGUCAUCUACCGUUCCACACGCGUCUUCCUCAACAGUAUCCUCAGUAUCUCAUUUAAGAGUGUGGAUCUCAUCGGUCUGGAUAACGUACCGACCGACGGGCCCGUCAUCUUCACCGGUAACCACGCCAACCAGUUCGUAGACGGUCUUGUAGUCAUGAUGACUAGUCCUCGUAAAGUAGGCUUCAUGAUCGCAGAAAAGUCGUGGCAUUUGCCUGUCGUGGGCCACUUGGCUCGUAUCAUGGGCUGCAUCCCGGUGGUGCGUCCUCAGGACUCUGUAGCUUCUGGUGUUGGCAGCAUGAAGCUCGCCAGUGAAGAUCCCGUGACUGUAGCUAGCUCGUCCAGUGGUGGCGCUAGCAGUAGUACGCCUCAGUGGCUCGUGCAGGGCGACGGCACCAGUUUCACUAAGCAGGUGACGCCUGGAGACCAGAUCCGCUUCCAAGGGCAGAGCGUCAAGGACUCGGGGUCGCCUGUGAAGAUCGUACAGGUUCUAGACGACACGCAGUUGCUACUGAACGCGCCGUUGAAGAGCGGCGAAGGCAAAUUAGUGCUUGAGAGUGCACCGUUUGGUAUUCUCAAGCGUGUGGACCAAUCCGUGACGUUUGCCAAGGUGUACACGCACUUGAAGCGUGGGAACUGCAUCGGUAUCUUCCCGGAAGGAGGCUCACACGACCGUACGGACUUGUUACCACUAAAAGCUGGUGUUGCCGUCAUGGCUCUUGGAGUUAAGGACAAGUACAACAUCAACGUGCCGGUGGUGCCUGUGGGCUUGAACUACUUCCGUGGCCAUCGCUUCCGUGGCCGCGUGACGGUGGAAUUCGGCACUCCGAUCACUGUGGACCAAGCGUUGAUGGCCAAGUACCAGGAAGACAAGCGUACAGCGUGUAACACGCUCUUACAUCGUGUGGAGGAGAGUAUGCGCUCCGUGAUCGUGACUACGCCCAGCUACGGCGUCAUGCAGGAGGUGUUGACUGCGCGUCGUCUCUUCCAGCGCUCUGGAGUGCGGCUGUCGGCAAAAGAGACACAAGACUUGAACCGCCGCUUUGCAGAAGGCUACAAGGUGUUGCAGGAUGUGCCAGAAGCCCAAGAAGAUCUCGUAAUCUUGCAACAUAAGCUGGAUAACUACUACAAGACGCUGCAGAAGAUGGGACUCAAGGACCAUCAAGUGCCGUAUAUCCCGUGGUGGACAAUUCACGACGUGUUGGGCUCCGCACUGUACGGCACGUUGAUCCUUCUACUGUCCUCCAUUCCGUCGUUCAUCCUGAAUGCACCGGUGGGGCUUCUAGCUCGUUAUGUGGCGAAUUCAGCGCAGAAGAAGGCGCUGGAAGGCUCCAAGGUCAAGGUGUUGGCUCGCGACGUUAUUCUUAGCAAGAAGAUCCAGUUCUCGAUUGUAGCUGUGCCCGUGCUGUGGUUCAUUUAUUUUACGAUCGCCGCGGUGUUCACGGAUUGGUACUGGUCGUCAAUCAUGCUGCUGAUGGUGUCGUUCCCGCUAUUUUCUUUCUUCGGUGUACGCUCGGUAGAGGCUGGAAUGAUCGAGCUGAAGACGGUCCGUCCGUUGUUCUACCGUCUGCUACCGACGUACAAGGCUACACAGGAUGAGCUUCCUCGGCAACGUGCUGAGUUGCAGAAGGAAGUGCGUGAGUUUGUGAAGAAAUACUCGCAGUAUCUGGGAAAACUGGCCGAGCCAAAGAAGCUCGACUGGAGCGAGUACAUGCACGAGCGCUCGUUGGUAUUGGCUGAGAAGACUGAGCAGGCCGAGUCGAUCCCGUCGCCUCCUCCGGUACAUGAGGAGGACGAGGAGCCGCGGGAAGGCGAGGCUGAAGAUGAUAUCGGCUCUCCUGUGCCUACGAUCACCAAGUUCCACGACAUCAGUAUCCUGGGCAAGUCGGAGAACUCGGUGCUGGACUUAGCAGGUCUCGAACGCUCCAUGUCUUGCCCGCCAGGAUACCAAGAGCUAGCGGAGGAGAUAGCCAAGCAACGUAAAGGGUCCGUGUAG